CGGCCGGAGAUCGAUGAGAGGAUUAUACCAACAGCUCUUUCUCUCCGUUUCUUUAUGUUAGGAUAGAUUUUUUUGUGUCCGUUUUGGUUUUGGCGUUGGGGUUGGUGGUGGGUGGCUGGUAUUUUGGAAGGGCGGAGUAUCUCCUCCUUGCCCCUUUCCCCAGGAGGAGGCUGGCAUCGGGGCUUCCUGAUGCCAGGGCUCGUCUAGAGAGGGUGGACGCGGGACGCUCCGACAUGCCCCACCCCCUUCCCUCUGCCGGGCCCCCUGAUUGGCGGAGCCAGGGGAGGACCUCGCACACAACCAAACCAACCAGACCUGUUCUGCUGUGUCUCCUGUGUGUCCUGUCUUCCCUGGUGGAUCUAACCACCGCCUGUCCUCCGACCUGCUUCUGCAACGCCACCGACGUAGACUGCAGCGGGCGCGGCCUGCUCUCCAUGCCCGCCCUCACCCAUCUCCCCGUCUCCGCCCGCACCCUCCUGCUGCCCAACAACCACCUCUCCUCCCUGGGUCCAGGGUCCUUCGCUAACCUCACCUCCCUGGAGCGACUGGAUCUCUCCAACAACCACCUCUCCUCCCUGGGUCCAGGGUCCUUCGCUAACCUCACCUCCCUGGAGCGACUGGAUCUCUCCAACAACUACCUGGAUAAUCUUCCCCCAGCGCUCUUCAAGGACCUGGGGAAUCUAUCAGAUCUGACCCUCCACAACAACAGUCUUAGGGCCUUGGAUAGGGAUCUCUUCCAGGGGCUGGUGGGGCUGAGGAAGCUAGAUGUCUCCCUCAACGGGCUGUCUGAUAUCCCCCUGGGUCUGCUGGAUGAGCUGCAGGGGCUGACGUGGCUCUCCGUGGCCGGGAACAGGCUCCAUGCCCUGGAGAGAGCAGCCUUCGAGCCCCUGGCUAACCUCCAGUCUCUUCAGCUAGGGGCUAACCCCUGGGAGUGUGACUGCAACCUGAGGGACUUCAAGCACUGGAUGGAGUGGCUGCUGUACAGAGGUGGUAAGGUAGAUGGGGUGGAGUGUACCCUCCCUAAGGACCUGCGAGGGCGGGACAUCCGUGGUGUUCCAGUGGAGAUGUUCAACUACUGCCUCCAACUGGAUGACGAGAACAGGGGAGGAGGGGGGCCGCGGAGCGGAGGAAAAGAAGGUUCAUCCCCGCCCUGCGGCCGAACUACCGGCCCCGGAGCCCCCACAUCCGAAUCUGAAGUCCCCGCUGCGGGCGACCUGGUGCCCGUCCCGGACUGUGUGCGGCGGCGCUACCAGCCGGUGAGCGUGCGGAGGGCCAUCGGGACGGUGGUGAUAGCCGGGGUUGUGUGUGGCAUCGUGUGUAUCAUGAUGGUGGGGGCGGCGGCCUACGGAUGUAUCUAUGCCUCGCUCAUGGCCAAGUAUCAACGAGAGCUGAAGAAGAGGCAGCCGCUGAUGGGAGACGGGGAGGGUGACGCAGACCCUGAGGACAAGCAGAUCUCCUCUGUGGCAUAGAGGGGUCAGGGGUUAGAGAUCAGGGGUCAAGGUUGAAAGGGCUCUAUUACUCCUCUCCCUCCGCCUCCUCUCCCCCUGAAACCAACCAGCUCCUGCUACUGUCUUCUCUAUCUCCACCAAACGACAAUCACAAUGGGUCCUCUCCUCCAUUCUGAACCCUGUUCUCAUUCUGAGAUGAGAUAGAUAUGUAUGAGUCAGACCACUAGACAACCGCCUGAUAGGGUGAUCAACAAACUCUGAAACUUCAAUGACCCUUCUCUAUCCCUCAGCCCACAAACCCCACAGCCCUGCAGAAACAAGAACUGGGUCUGGUUUGGCUUGGUCUGGACUGGUCUGAUUUGACAUGGUCUGGUUUGGCAGGACAUGGUGGAGGGAUGGCCUGAUUCUCUCUGUCCUCUCCCUCCUGUUGUUCUCUGAGAUGGAGGGAUGGCCUGAUUCUCUCUGUCCUCUCCCUCCUGUUGUUCUCUGAGAUGGAGGGAUGGCCUGAUUCUCUCUGUCCUCUCCCUCCUGUUGUUCUCUGAGAUGGAGGGAUGGCCUGAUUCUCUCUGUCCUCUCCCUCCUGUUGUUCUCUGAGAUGGAGGGAUGGCCUGAUUCUCUCUGUCCUCUCCCUCCUGUUGUUCUCUGAGAUGGAGGGUUGGCCAGACGCUCAGAGGGAUAUUAAAAAAUAAGGGAUUAAAAGAUGCUGCUAUUGUCUUUCAUCCCUCCCUCCCUUUCAUCCCUCCCUCUGUGUUCCCACCUGCUGUAAGAGUACACAACCGUUGUGGGGACUUUUCCUCUCCCCUCCUCCCCUCAUCCUCCCUUUCAUCCCUCUGUUCCCACCUUCAAGAGGAGUACACCCACGCUGUGGGGACUUCUCUCCUCUCUUCCCUGUCUGUGUAAUCUCUAUGGAUGGGACAUCAACCUCUCCUACUAACGAGCAGGAUCUUCCCCCUCACCCCUGAAUUGGCUGGACAAACAAAGCGUAUAUUAUUCUAUACUGCUCUCUGGUUUAGGUGAUUUAAUAUAGCCUCUAUUACAUGCAGUGACCCAACUCCUGGGUUUUGAUAAACAUUCAUUUGGUCCCGUAUCGGUUUUUCAUUUGGUGGUGCUGGUUUUGUUUGGGUGAUAACCUGAUAUCCUGUAACGUUUUAGAGCUGGUUAGAUUUGCUCCGACAAAAACCCUUCAGGUAUACCGUCUUGCUAGCGAUGUUGGUAAUAAAAAACUAACUGAAUCCAGUUGUUAAAUGGGUCAUAACCCACGUACAGUACAGUACAGUACCACAGUUCUCUGUGAUGGGGAAUGAGACCCUGGAUCACUACCCAGGAUUCCAUAGUAGCUUGGGAGGCGUGUCUUGACAACACAUCUGUAUAUGAUGGUAGAUAAACAGGCUGAUGCCGAUGAAAGAGAACUAGAGACAGAUCAAAUGGGAUCAAAUGGGAUGUAAUGGGAUGUAUGGGAUGUAAUGGGAUGUAUGGGAUGUAAUGGGAUGUAAUGGGGGAUGUAAUGGGAUGAAAUGGGAUGAAAUGGGAUG